AUGCGAUUAUGUCUGGGAAUGUAAAUGGUUUGCUGCUUGCGGUGUCUUUUUUACUCCGUUAUAUAGACUUUUCCUCAUCUCGCUAACUGGUCUGGGAAGGAUAAUGAUCCUCUGGUGAAGAAAAUGAAAGGUUUGUCUGUUUUCAUGGCUAUAGUACUGUCCUUAUCAUUGGCCAAACACAGAACGUCUGAUGAACUUGUUCUGACUGCCUGGCCGAAGAGGCAGCACUUCUACCUCGGGGAAUCCAUCGUUCUGACAUGUAAGGUAGAAGGGAACUCUUCAGCGGUGUGGAACUACAGUUGGUUUAGACACAACCCUAGUAAUGCUUCUACCCCCAGCCCUGCUCACAUAGUGAACCAUCACACGUACAACAUUUCAGCGCUGACCUAUGAGGACAGUGGCACUUACUGGUGUACAGCUCAGGAACAGGACAGAAAUUCCACCCUCCUGAGGAACUCUUUAAAUGUCACAGCAGCUGUAGAUAUCUCCAAAGAUCACUCAGAGGAAGAAAACACCUUUCUAGGGGCCUGGGUCUGGGCCAUCUGUGUCAUUGUCAUCAUUCUGCUUCUAAUCCCUAUCACCUUUCUGCUCGUACCAAGCCUCAGAAAGAGAUUAAAGUUGUUUUCAACAUGCGGAGAGUAUAGUGCCCAUCAGGAAAUGCCUAGAACCAAACAGGAUGUGACAGAGAUCCAGUGGGACCUGGCCUGGAUGGAGAUGACUAAUCUGCUGGACAAGCCAUAUCCUGGCAGCUGAGCAGCUCUUAAACUAUUUACAUACUAUUAGACUACUCAUAAUACAACAGUGCUUUGUUGUAUGAGAAGGUAAUGUUUAUCAGAGAAGGUAAAUGAGUAUCAAUGUAUCCUCACGAAGCUGAAAUGUGACAGUAAAGAAGAGCAAAUAGUGAAAAACUAACCCAAGUCAAUAUUUAGUGUGACCACACUUUUCCUUGAAACGGAUCACUUAAUCAGAUCACUUCAGUACACACUGUUAUGCAGUCUUUUAAGAAAAUUGGCUGGUAAGUUUUUCAAGCAUCUUUUUUCUGAAGACUUUGGCUAUCACUGAUAAUGUGCCGUAAUGUAUUAUUUUCUUUAACACCAUACAAAUAUUUCUUUGUAACAUUAAUUUUUUUUUUGUAAAAUGAAUAUUUGGAAACUUAAAAUUUGUGAUUUUCUCCUGAGCCAGUAAUACAGAAGACAUUAAAAUCUAAAAAAAAAUUAUAUAAUCUCUAAAAUAUUAUCAAAAUCUCUUUUCUGAAAAAAAAAAGAGAUAACAAAAGACAACAAAACUCUUAAAAAAAUUCAAUAAACUUCACGCUUUGUGUAUGUCAGGUAACUGCAUAAUGUGUGUGUGUGGACACACACACACACACACACACACAUAUAUAUAUAUACAUAUUCUAUUCUAUUCUAUUCUAUUAGGCAAUCAAGCAAUCAGUGUUAGAAAAAAAAGUGUCUCAUUUUUAAAUAUAAUUUGUUCUGUUCUUGCAGAUCCACAACACAACAUUGCUUUAGCUCUCUUCCUGCUCUAACACACUUGAAGUUGAUCAGUGGCUUUAUAACAAGCUUUUAAUUUUUUUAAAAUAAGAAAUGCAGCUUUCGAAAAAAAAAAAAAAAAAAAGCAGUUGUCAAGGUCACAAGGUCAAAAGGGUCAUAUAUUCCUAUCCCUAGCAAGACAUAAACACCUACACACACUCACAUACAACCUGUUCUGUGUUUAAAAAACACUAGAGGGCAGAGCUGGCAUUAUGAGAUUGCCUGUUGUUGUUUUGUCCAGCCUUCAUGCGACAGUCAGAUUUAAUAAAAACACCUUUGCACUGUGAUCAGAGCAAUAUCAUGAUAAUGCAUUAUAGUAGUGAUAAAUCUGAUAGGAUUCUUACAGUCAGGUUAACAAAAGAGUGUGAGAGAAAACUGUGACUCUAACAGUAUUUUUCUUAUUUUUAUUGCUCUGUUCUCGAAGCGUGGUUGUUUUUGUUUUAUAUGGUAGAGCUUUGUCUCAAUGGCUAGUGGUUGAGUGGUCUGUGUAUCACAGCUCAUUGCCUUACAGCAUUACAGCAUUACAGAAGGCAACAUUAGGUGCUGUUUUAUAAAUAUUGUAAGGCAGAAACAUGGACAGGACAACCCUUAGGCAAGAAAUAGGCUUCUGCUGCUCUUGUGCUUUCUUCCACACUUUAUUGAUUCUUCCUGGUGCCACACUCCUUCUCCACACAGCCUUAAUUACAGCAGUGUGCAGUAAUCUUUCACCUUCCCAUUCCUCUGUUAUUCCCCUUCUCUUCUCCUAGAGGGCAGACUGUAAUUGUGCAUGCGCAUUUUCACAACCAUGCUUCAUUGUCUGGGGCCUGCUGAUUCUAAGGAGAGAACACACACACACACA